AUGACGCAAGAAAACAAAACGGCUGAUGCCCAAAUCAUGCUUGGGGCGGAUGCCCACUUGGACAUGGACCGUAAAGGUUCAAUGGUCGAGACGGAUCCAGCGGCCAGAGCAAAUAUCGACGAAGACUACGUGAACCGGCCCACCGAGGAAGAGCGUACCACUCUCCGCAGAAUCCCGGGUAGCCUCCCAGCGGUUGCCUAUGUCAUUUGCGCCGUCGAGUUUGCGGAACGAGCAUCUUACUAUGGAGUCCAGCCAUUGUUCGCCAACUAUGUCAACCGAAAGAUGCCCACUGGUGGUAACGGCUACGGCGCCCCUCCAGCGGGCAGUGAACUUCCCGCUGGAGCUCUGGGCAUGGGGACUGUGAAGGCCACCUCCGUAUCUCAAUCCUUCUCUAUGUUGGCAUAUACUCUACCCUUGGUAUUUGGGUGGCUUGCCGACACGAAAACCGGACGCUUCAAGAUGAUUUGCUACGGUGUUGGUGUUUGUGGUGUUGCACACGUUAUCAUGGUUGCCGCUGGUGCACCGUCUCUUCUGGCUAGUGGAAAUGCGAAGAUCCCAUUCUUUCUCAGUGUAUAUAUUCUGUCUGUUGGCGCUGCCAUGUUCAAGCCAAAUAUUUCUCCCACUCUGCUGGAUCAGAUGCAGUCUUCCAGGCCAGAAACUAAAGUUUUAAAAACCGGAGAGAAGGUCAUUGUCGAUCCCGAGCAUACUGCCGAGAGGGCCAUGCUGUGGUUCUACCUCCUCAUUAACAUUGGAGGCUUCAUGAACGUUCCUACCACCUAUACGGAGAAAUACGUCGGGUGGUGGCUCUCGUUCUUACUUCCGCUGUUCCUUUAUAUGCCACUCUUACCCCUUCUCUGGUACCUCCGCAAGCGACUCAUUCUCUACCCCCCAGGAGGAAGCGAUCUCACGAAUGUUUUCCGUGUCCUUGGAGUCUGCUUUAAACGUGGAGGCUUUUUGAGCAUGUUCCGUCGCCGGAAGGGAAAAAGCUUUUUCGACCCUGCGAAGCCGUCCGUUAUUGCUCAGUCUGGCCGUCCUCUGCACGUCCCUUGGAAUGAUGAAUUCGUGAACGAUGUCCGCCGCGCCUUCCAAGCAACCGGUAUCUUUAUGUUCUUCCCUAUCCAGAACAUCAAUGACAAUGGAUUGGGCAAUUCAGCAAACGCGCUCACUACGAUGUUGAAGACCAAAGGUGUUCCUAACGACGUUAUCGGCAACUUCAACUCGCUCUCUAUUAUCUUGAUGGCCCCUGUCCUCAACUUCGGUCUUUAUCCACUCCUUCGCAAAUGGAAGAUUCACUUCGGACCCGUAGCACGCAUAACCUUCGGUCUCUCCAUGGCUGCUGUCGCCGGCGCUGGAUACGCUAUUAUCAACUACUACGCCUACAAACUCGGACCAUGCGGUAACCAUGGCACGACGGGCGAAUGUGAGAUUGGUGAGGGCGUUGCCGAUAUCACCAUCUGGUGGAUGGCAAUUCCUUAUGCUUUGGGAGGUAUCUCUGAACUCUUCGUCAACGUCCCGGCUUAUGGUAUCGCAUACUCCCGUGCACCUCCCAACAUGCGAAGUCUUGUUUCUGCUAUCAACUUGUUCAACUCCGCCAUCGCCUAUGCAUUGGGUCUCGCUUUUGCCGGCCUCAUCAAAGAUCCUUAUCUGACCUGGGAUUUCGGUGCCCCAGCCAUCAUCGGGGUGGCCAUCGCCAUUGCCUUCUAUUGGAUCUACAGAGAUAUCGACAAAGAGGAAUACACACUGUCCACCAAUACGCAGUCGGUCGAUCCAGCAGAGGGUAGCCAUCUCAAGGUUCCACCACAGGCAGACCUCGAUGCUAGCAGCGAGGGUGAGGCAACUAGUGACAAGCGCGAUGUCGCGCCACUUCCUCCCUAUGCGGUGGAUGAUGUUGGUGGCGAGAAGAGGCUCGAAUCGGGCAUUCAGGAGGUCAAGUAA